AUGAAAAUUUUUGCACUUUUAUUUGCCGCUGCCACCGUUUCUGGUGAAAAUACCAAGAAGAGAAAAACUCCUAAAGGACAACGACAAAGAUUUGUUCGACGACUCGGAGCCUCGUCCCCAGCUUUGUUGAAUCUUGACACUCAAGAGCUUUCCUUCAACGAUGAUCAUUCCGGAGUCAACUGUUUGACCCGAACUGGAGGCUACGAAGAAUGGGAACACCCGAUUAUUGACCGAGAGCUUGCAAAAGUCCUCGUCUGCCAACGUUGGCUGACUCGAGUCAACAACGCCCGAAGAGUCCUUCUCGAAAAAUGGGGAAUCGACUUGAUCGAAGAAGAUGAUCUUGAAGCCGCUUCUCGAACGACUCUUACGGACUCGUGGAAUAUUAACGAAGGCCCGAAUGCUCGAAAUACGCUCAUCUUCAUGGAAUAUUUGUGCAAUCAAAUGGUUGAAGAUCAGCAUCUUCCAUAUUUGACGAAUGCUUGCCAAAACGGCUACACUUCUGAGAAUGGAGAGACUCUGAGCCCAGAAGAAUGCAGAGCAAAAUACGACCGAAAGACCAUCCACAAAUCCCGAAAAGCAUGCGCUUUCCCUCUUAAAAACUCGACCAAGAACAAAAAACAGCGAACCGAGAAACUCAUCGAGCAGGGAAAACUGACCAGCUUGGAGGCCAGCUUCAUAGAUGGCAAGAAGAGACAUGAUAUUAGUUUGACCGAGCACGACGGGGUCAUGGCAGCAAAUAUAUGGUCAAUGAGUGCGCUCGUCAAGGGAAUAUUUUAUAUUUUUGGCGGAUUGCUUGACAUAAACAAGAUCCUCAGGCUUACCAACUGCAAGUUUUUCCCGAUGAACGUCAAACUCAUUCACGGAUUUUGGAAUGACGGGUCCUUAGCCGUGCGCGGGAAAGGAAAAGCAGACGAAAGAGUCCUUCUUUGCUUCGGGUCCGCCGAUUUUGAAGGGUACGAUUACAAAAAGUGUCAGGAAUUCGAUGGUGAAAACAUUUAUACAGCUCCUUCUUCGAAAAUGGAACAUGAUUACGGUUGCCUUGGCCUGUUGCAGGAUGCUCCUUUCGCGGUUGGUGGAAGGUCAAUGGUGUUCUACACAGCUUGCCGAGCCAAGACCAACAGAACUGAAAUUCUCAUCGGCAAUAAUUGGCAACAGCAGGAUGAUUUUCCAUUCAAAAUCUGUUAUCAUAGCUGUGUAGGAAUCGAUGAUGUUUUACUUGUUUUUGGUGGCAUGACGGAGGAUUACAUCCGACUGAAGGAAAUCCAUUCGAUCGAUGCAAUAGAACGAAAAUGGCGAUCUGCGGGACAGCUGCAGAAGAAAGCAAGCUCAUCGUUUGCUCACGUAGCAGGCGACGAAAUUUUCAUCAUUCGUGGGUUUGGUGGCGACUAUUAUUAUGAAAAAAAGGACAUUGAUCCUUGGACGGGAAUUGAAAGAGUGAGAUGGAAUGGGGAAAAUGUAACCGACUCGUAUUUGUUUCAGCAGCUCGCGGCUGAAGAUAAUUAUGGCUAUCCGAUGGUUGUCGAGGUUCCUUUCGAUUACUGUAUGAACGAUUGA